UGCUAGAAGAAAUAACGUAUAAGGAUAACAACAACAAAGAGUAAGAAAAGAGCAAAGAAGAAAAUUAAUAAUGGAAUGGAAGACAUAUUAUUUGGAUAUGAUGCUUAUACCAUUAGAAUUUUUUAUGACUAUUGGUUAUCAUGUAUGGUUGUGGCAUAAGACUCGAUCAGAGCCUUUCUCCACUACAAUUGGAAUCAAUGCUCAUGCUAGAAGAUUUUGGGUGCCUAGCAUGUUGAAGGAUAUUGAAAAGAAGAACAUCUUAGUAGCGCAAAGUCUUCGAAAUCUUAUAAUGGGAUCGACUCUUAUGGCCACCACAUCAAUUCUUCUAUCAGCUGGCUUAGCUGCUAUAAUAAGCAGUACUUACAGUGUAAAAAAGCCUGUUGAAGAUGUUCUCUAUGGUGCUCAUAGCGAAUUUUCAGUAGCACUUAAAUAUGUGACACUCCUUACCAUAUUCUUAUUCUCAUUUUUCUGCCACACUCUAUCAAUUAGGUUUCUCAACCAAUUAAGCUUACUUAUUUGCACCCCACAAGAUGUUCUUUCCAUGGUGACUCCUGAUUAUUUGGGAGAGAUUUUGGAGAGAGGAACUACUUUGAACACUGUUGGAAAUAGGAUUUUCUACUCAGCUCUUCCACUUAUGCUUUGGAUAUUUGGUCCUGUCUUGGUUUUCUUGUGCUCAUUGGCUAUGUUGCUAGUGUUUUACAAUCUUGACAUUGUUUGUGGAAGUGGAAAAGCAAAGACAAUACUUAAUGAUGAAAGCAACUAUGUCUAAUUUGAUUAGCUAUGCAUAUAAAUAAGAUUAAAGAAACUAAGAAAA